AUGUCCAUUCAAGGCUCUCCUGUUGUUCUAUCAAGGUAUGAUUCAAGUGGUCAAUAUUUAGCAUGCGUCACUGUUGAAUUGGAUAAACAGCGUGUUUCUGUUGAAUCAAUAGGUGAUUCAAAUUAUAGUUUCGACAAUCAAUCAUUUUUAUACUUUGAUGACUCCAAUUUAGGUGUCUCCAGUUUGAAAUGGAGCUAUCUUGCAUCUACCGAAACGUCAUGUGUGUUGAUUGGUUUAACAAAUGGUGAGAUUUGGAUAUAUUCUCCAUUAUCAAAUGAAGUUAUCUAUAAGUUAUCAACAAACAACUCUUUUGAAAUUAAGGAUAUCGAUGUUUUAGAUGAGAAACUAUUCUGUGUUGACAGUAAGGACUAUAUAUAUGAGUUUUCUCUAUCUGAAUUUAAGAUGAUUCAACAUUUUCAAAUCGAAUCAUGUAUUGCAUUGAAUAAGAUCACUAUUUUGCCAACAAACCCAAACCAUAUUUUGGUUGCUUCGCAUUCAAUUUUCUUGGUAGAUAUUACAUCCAAGGAGGUACAGCUUACAAUCCCAGGACAUAUGUCUCCAGUUAGCAUUUUAAAGGUAUUAAACAGUGAAUUUAUUCUUUCAACUGCGCGGGAUGAUAGAUUCAUGAAUAUUUAUGAUAUAACUUCCGGUCUAACCAAAACAGUAUUAGUUGCCCAAUCUGACAUCGUGGGUUUUUCAAAUACAAGUGAAAAUGCAAUUGCUAUCAUUACAGAAGAUGGUAAGAUUGAAAUUUUUGAAGAUCCUUUAGUUUCAACAACUACAACUAAGAGAAGAGGUAAUAAAUCGAAACACGCUUCCAAAACUAUAGAAUUUAAAUCGGAAAAGGAUCAAAUCAUUCCAGCAUUGAACUUAUUUAUCAGUGGUGACAUACUAAAUGUCACUUGGUUACAGAAUGCUACUAUUAGAAAUUUUACACAAUUAAAAUGGAAAGAACUAGAUAAUAGUUACACCCACACAGUUGAACUUAAUCAUGGUAAAAAAAAUAAUUCGAAAGAUCAUUCUUUAUAUGGUCAAGAUCUGGCCGCUGCCAAAACAUAUGCAGAAGGUAACGCUAGAGUCAGUUCUGGCGACAAUUUUAAGCAUGUUAUGGAUGUGAUAAAACACAUCGAGCAAGAAGAGGAACAAAGAGAGAGAGAAGGAGAAGAAGAAAGUUCGGAAACAUUAGCUGAUAAAUUAGAAGCUGCAUCAAUUUCUCGUUUAAAAAAUAAAAAAAUGAAAGACUCAAAAUCAGGCAUUGCAACUGGUACGUUUACUGUCAUCUUAUCACAAGCAUUGCAAGCAAAUGAUCAUUCCCUAUUAGAAACUGUAUUAAAUAACCGUGAUGAAAGAGUUACCAAAGACACAAUUUUGAGACUAAAGCCAACUUUAGCAGUUGUACUUCUGGAAAGAUUGGCUGAGAGAAUUGCUAGACAAACACAUCGUCAAGGUCCAUUGAGUAUAUGGGUUAAAUGGUGUUUAAUCAUUCACGGUGGUUAUUUAGUAACUGUGCCAAACUUAAUAUCUACGCUUUCAUCUCUGCAUUCAACAUUAAAGAGACGUUCUGAUUUAUUACCAAGACUUCUAGCAUUAGAGACAAGAUUGGAUUAUGUUCUAGAUACAAUUGAGGUUGAGCAAAGCGAUAUCGUAGAAGAAUUUGAAUAUGAAAAUGAACAGUUGCUUGAACUUGAAGAUGGAGAAGAAGAGGAAUACGUCGAAUAUAACGAAGAAUUAGAUGACGCUGGAUUGAUCGAUGAUGAGGAAGAAAGUUACGAAAGUGAAUCGGAUGAAGAUAUGUCUGAAGAGGACGAUGGAGCUGAACAAGGUAAUAAGAAGAAAUUAACUCCAGAAGAGGACAUCGAUGACGAGGAAGAUGAAGAAGCCGGAUACAGUGACGAGGAGAUGUAA